UCCACUCAUGCUUUUUCUUUCUCCUCCAACUCAAAGAGGAGAAAAUAUGGUAUCUUACUCUCUUGUUCAUGUCCUCCUUGUUUCUUUCCCAGGCCAAGGCCAUGUAAACCCUUUGCUUAGACUUGGCAAGCGUCUUGCAUCUAAGGGCAUGCUCGUCACCUUCUCUGCACCUGAAGUCAUCGGAAAACGAAUGAGAAAGGCCAACAACAUCACCGAUCAGCCUGUACCUGUUGGUGAUGGGUUUAUCAGGUUUGAAUUCUUUGAAGAUGGUUGGGAUGAAGAUGAUCCUCGACGCCAAUAUCUUGAUCAAUUCUUAUCUCAACUUGAGCUUGUUGGGAAACAAGUGAUUUCUCAGAUGAUCAAGAAAUAUUCCGAGCAAGGUCACCCAGUUUCAUGUCUCAUCAACAAUCCUUUUAUCCCUUGGGUUUCUGAUGUAGCUGCAAGUCUUGGUCUUCCUUCAGCAAUGCUUUGGGUUCAAUCAUGUGCUUGUUUCUCGGCAUAUUAUCAUUAUUCUCGUCAUCUUGUGCCUUUCCCUACUGAGGAUAAUCCAGAGAUCGAUGUUCAGUUGCCUUGCGUGCCUCUUCUGAAAUAUGACGAAGUGCCUAGCUUCUUACAUCCUUCAACUCCUUAUCCUUUCUUGGGACGAGCAAUUCUAGGGCAGUUCGAGAAUAUUGACAAGCCUUUCUGCAUCUUGAUGGAGACAUUCCAAGAACUAGAGCAUGAGCUUAUCGAGUACAUGUCCAAGCUUUGCCCUAUCCUCCCUGUUGGUCCAUUAUUCAAGGACCCUAAAGCUCCAUCAGCAACUGUCAAGGGAGAUUUCUUAAAGGCCGAUGAUUGCAUCGAAUGGCUCAACUCCAAGCCACCCUCAUCAGUUGUUUAUGUUUCUUUUGGUAGCGUGGUGAGCUUAAAGCAAGACCAGCUUAACGAGAUUGCUUACGGGCUUUUGAACUCUUGUGUUUCAUUCUUGUGGGUUUUUAGACCACCUCCUAAAGAUUCAGUCUUUGAACCAGCUGAUAUCCCAGAUGAGUUCUUGGAAAAGGUAGGGGAGAAGGGAAAAUUAGUACAGUGGAGUCCACAAGACAGAGUUCUAGCUCACCCAUCAGUUGCAUGCUUUGUGACCCACUGUGGAUGGAACUCAUCAAUGGAAGCACUCUCCUCCGGCAUGCCAGUGGUGGCUUUCCCUCAAUGGGGUGACCAAGUCACUGAUGCAAAGUACUUGGUCGAUGUCUUCAAGGUUGGUGUGAGACUGAGCCGUGGAGAAGCCGAUAAAAAAUUGAUUACACGAGACGAGGUGGAGAAAUGCUUGCUUGAGGCAACCGUAGGACCCAAGGCGGCAGAGCUGAAACAGAAUGCAUUGAAAUGGAAAGCAGCAGCGGAGGCUGCGGUGGCUGAUGGUGGCUCCUCCGACAGGAACAUAAAAGCUUUUGUUGAGGAAAUGAUGAGAAAAAGCAUUGAGAUCACUAGCAAGUCGAGCAGCCUAAAUGGAAAUGUAGAAGAGUUAAGAGUUUGACCAUCUGUAGCAUACUAGAAUUAUUCAGUGCACCAGACUUAUGCGCUCUCUUCGAAAAUAUAAGUGUUAUUUGACUUAAUUAAAAAAAAAAAAAGAACUUUUUAUAAAUAAAUGUAUACAUAUAAUUUCUCUGGUUUA